UUGGCAUUUUUUCACAUUCAGGAUUCACCAUUUCGCCGACUCUGCAAAGGUCUCUUUCUGCGAUCAAAUGCUUUUUCCAUGGACCAUACCGCCAGAUUGACUUCACAGCAACAGAACCAGCCAAACUCCAUCUUUUCUUCAAUUUCACAAACCUUAAUGCAUCACCAGGCACCACCACCACCCUCCUCUACCUUGGCCUCCCACUUCUCUCACCAGCCUCACACCACCAUCCCUAAUCCUUUUCUAUCUUUUCCUCAGCCAGUGCUUCCCUCUGAUCUAACCUCCAGUUCAGACCUCCACCCUCCUGGAACAGACCCGUUUGCCUAUCCGGGCUCUUACCCAUCAACCCAUGUCGAACAUGGAGCACAUUUUCAGUAUUAUGUGGACCCAAAUGCAAGUUCGCAGAAUUGGGUCUCCGAACCCAUUGGAUAUGAAGCUUUUGAUUUGCAGGCUAUCAAUUCUUUGUGCGAGAAUUCUAUUGUGCCCACUAGUUCAAGUUCUUUAUGGAGCAACCAUUUGGCAAAUCAAACUUUGGCAAAAGAUGCCACAGGGAUAAUACCAAAGCAAACUGAUGUUGUUCAGUCCAAUAGGUGUGAGCUCUGCAAAAUUGAUUGUAGUGGCAAAGAGGCUUACGAGAAACACAUACUGGGAAAGAGACAUAAUAGGAAUUUGCAAGUACAAAAUAAUUCUACUUCUACGAUGUUACCAGGAAGCUCUGUUACAAUGAGUGACAUACCAAGCCAGGUGCCCAGUAUAGAUGGACAGACAAUAUUUGGGGCUUCAGGUUUGGUUGAUGGUAAGGAGUUGGAGACAAAGAAACGGAAGCUUUUGGCAGGUGGGGCAGCAGUUGAUUCUGUCAGGAUUUGCUCAAUAUGCAAUAUUGCUUGCAAUAGCCAAGAAGUUUUCAAUAAACAUCUGGCUGGGAAAAAACAUGCUUCUCAGGCUCGCUUAAUAUCUCUCAAUGGCGUUGGCCCAUAUAUUGCUGCAAUCAGGGCUCAAGAUGGCAGCAUUUGGAAAAAUACUCUAAAGAAAAACAAGGUCGUUCAAUCUGCUUGGUGUGAAGUCUGCAAAAUUAAUUGUAACAGCACUGAUAUCUACACCAAACACAUACUAGGAAAGAAACACCAGAAGAACUUGGAGAAACUGUCAAAAUCAAAUAAUGAUACUACUGCCCUUACCUCAAAUGCUACACCAGCCUCAACAAAUCCAGUGAUUGGACCAAUGGAAAACCCAGAGGCCAGUAAAGGCAAUAGCGUUGUACCAAAUUCGAGGAAGAAGGUAGCACGGUCACUGGCACCAGAAGAGCUGGAGAUGAAGAAACUAAAGAUUCUGCAAGGUGGAGCAGCAGCUGGAGCUGUUAGAACGUGCAGCAUAUGCAAUGUGGUGUGUAACAGCCAGAAAGUGUUCAAUUCUCACCUGGCCGGUCAGAAGCAUGCCGCCAUGGUGAAGAAACAGGUGGAAGCUGGAACUGCAACUGGAGCCGGAGGUCCUCAACUGAUAACUGCAGCAGCUGGCCACAACCAAAAUCCAAAUUCUACCAUCGUUUCAAAAUUUCCCGUUCAGAAUCACAAACCCAAAUCUCUCAGCCCUGAAAGUUUGAAUCUUUCGGACUCUGAUUCAUAUUUCCGAGGGAUGGACUUUAAUCUUUUAAGAAAUGAUACAGGUAUUUAUUUGUUUUGCACAUCUGUGUAUAUUUUUCUUGCACAUAUGUCACACCAGACAAAGACGGAAACUGAAAACUUUUCUGACAUCGAGGAACUCUUUCAGAUUGAGACUAGAUGUAGAGAGUUAAAGAAAGAAAAGAACAUGCUGAAAGAUUCACAAUCUGAAAGCUUUGAACUGAUUCGGAGACUAGAACAACAUGUGAAAUCAUUGUCAGAGGCUCGUUCAGAAGACAAGAAACUCAUUCAAAAGUUGGAAAAAGAGCUAUUGAACUGCUCUCAAGAAAUAGAUUACCUGCAGGAUCAACUAAAUGUGAGGAACACGGAGGUGAACUGCCUGAUAGAGCAUGUACACAGCAUUGAGCUGAAAUUAGCAGACAUUGAAGAUUUACAUGACAAAGUUGACAGGUCAAGGGAGGAGCUAAAGAGGUCUGAUUCAGAGCGCUUGCUCUUGCUGCAGGAACUAGAUAGAAAAGAAGCAGAGUUACAAAAUUCAGCUUCGUGUGUAGAGAAAUUAGAGGAAUCCAUCGCAGCCAUGGCAUUAGAGUCUCAAUGUGAAAUAGAAAGCAUGAAACUUGAUAUCAUGGCCUUGGAACAGAGUUGCUUUGAGGCUAAUAAAAUCCAGGAGGAAACUACUGAAGAAAGAGCUAGGAUGAAUGGGAUGAUUCAAGAGCUUGAGGCUCAGUUUCAGGAUGCACAGAAAAUUAUUGAAUCUCUGGAUGAGGAAAAUAAGGAACUGAAAGAGAAACUUGAUAUGUCUGAAAAGAAUGCUAGACUAUUUUGUCAAGGGAUUGAAGAAUGGCUGCAAAACAAGGACAGAUCCCACCAGAAGUCUCAGACCUGCUUGAGCAAGCCAGAGGAUAAGCUUAGUAUAUUAAAAGAAUUCGGCACUUGUGGAGAAGUCUUGGGUCCACUCCUUUCACAGUUGGCAAAGGAGUGCAGAGUUGAUGCCGAUUCAAGAACGAAGAUGGAGAAUAUAUCAAGACAGAUUCAAGAAUAUGAAUGUCUUGUGAAGCAACUUAAGGAAGAAUUGAGAGAGGAAAAGUUGAAAGCAAAAGAAGAAGCAGAGGACCUAGCACAAGAAAUGGCCGAGCUAAGGUACCAAAUUACAGGUUUGCUUGAAGAAGAGUGCAAGCGUCGUGCCUACAUUGAACAGGCAUCUUUACAGAGAAUUUCUGAGUUAGAGGCACAGGUCCAAAAAGAAAAGAGGAAAUCAUUUGCUGCUGUCGGGCAUCUCCAUGAAGCAUAGAGAUUGUGUUAUCAAAAGGAUUGAGGAUCUGUGUGUAGAAGAAGUUAUUCAGGGCUGAUACUUCUGACAGACACUGUGAAGCUGUCAAGGGUACCAAACUCGAGUAUUUUUAUAGAUUGCUCUGUGCAAGAACCUAUAGAAAGUAAAACUUGUCAAUUUUACUACGGAUGACGAUGCCUGCUAUAAAGCCGCCACAUCUAGUAGGGAAUCGAAGAAGAGGUUAUGCGACAUGUUGUGCUGUAAGUGCAAUUUGUAUCCAUGACAUCAUUACCGGAGCAUCAAUGUUUGGGUAGUUCUGAAGUCCAGUAGAGUCUCCUACAUGCAUGGGGUGCUAAGUUUACUGAACAUUACAAUAUUAUCUCCACAGCAUGCCAAUGGAGCAUGCUGCAGACACUGCACAGACCCUUUUGUUUUUUUCACUUUUCUGGCAUAUGAUUCAGGAAGAGAUAUAGAUAUAUAUGUUCCUGAGCACGUGGGCUUAGUAGCCAAAAGUGUCAAAAAGCCCUGUAGUCUCUGUUUCUAUCUCAGACUGUUAGUGCUUAAGCAGUCGAGAAUAUUAUAUUAGUUAUGUAUCAAUUUUUGAGUAUAAUGAUUCAUGCAAAGGAUCCAUUUCGAUCCCUUGUUUGCAUGUUGUGUGUGAGAUGUAAUCUCCAGAUAUAUCUUAAGUGCUCAUAAAGUUCAUGAGCUCCAGAAUAGUAGGUGUUUGGUUUUUAAUACCUAUUUCUUAACUAAAACUGUAUCAAUGCCAUAGUUCAUGAAUUCUCACA